GAAUAGUCUUUGAGUGAUUUGGCAUUGCUGAAAUUGAAUCAUGGAAAACAGGCUUUGCAUGUACCUUCUCUUUUCAACAAUGGCGGCCACUCUUUUCGUGCAUUGCGACGCAAGAAAAUCAAUGGAACAUAUCAAAGGUCCAAAACAUCAAAGGAAUUCAAUCAUAAAGCACACAAAGAACUUAGAGCUAAUGAGUAAACUUAUGAGUUUAGUGAUUGAACAACCCACUGAUACGUCAAAUACUCAACCUUAUGGAGUAAGCUCAACAUUUUCUUUGCCACCAUUUGAUUCUUUGCCCCCUGAAAAUUCACAUCCUUACUGUGUUAACCCUCCAAAUACCCCUCAACCUCCAAUUGGAACCUCACCUUCCCCACCCUCUCCCUUUUACAACUUUCCUCCUCUUGGCCCACCACCAAGCCCACCCGGAAUAGUUCCAAACCCGCCGAUUAUAUUUCCAGGCCCACCCGGAAUAGUCCCGAACCCACCUAGUAUUUUUCAGGGCCCACCUGGAAUAGUCCCGAACCCACCUAGUAUUUUUCCAAGCCCUCCACAAGCAAUACCAACACCAGCAGGUUACAUACCAAGCCCAUCGGGGCCAGUAUUGAGCCCGCCCUAUUACGAGCUGACCCCACCAUAUAAUGUUCCAUCACCAUUUGGGUUUAAUCCAAGCCCACCAGAGUUUCUACCGCCAAUUGUAUACCCACCCCCAACGGUUCUACCAUCUCCCAAUAGGGCUCCAACCACAGCAUUAUGGUGUGUGGCUAAGCCAUCAGUGCCUGGCCCAAUCAUGCAAGAGGCAAUGAACUAUGCGUGUGCAUCCGGGGCGGAUUGUGAUUCAAUUCAACCUAGUGGUCCAUGUUUUCAGCCUGACACCAUCUUUGCACAUACCUCCUAUGCUUUUAAUAGCUAUUGGCAGAAAACCAAGAUUGCUGGUGGCACGUGUGAGUUUGGUGGCACAGCCAUGCUUGUCACAGUUGAUCCAAGUUAUGACGGUUGCCAUUUCGAGUACCAAUAUUGAUUGGUGAAGAUAGAAGAAUGAUCUCCUUUCUCCAAUAAACAAUGAAAUUUUACCAUGAACAAAACUUCCCAACAUAAAUUUUGUAAUUAUAAAAGUUACAUAGUUAAGAUUCUGUGAGGCCGUUGAUUUAGGGUUUUUUCUAUUUUCCUUUCUUAGGCUUAUAACUGAAAAUUGUACUGUGUAAAUUGGAUCCCACUUCUCCCUUCA